AUGGAGGCUGCCAAAGAGAAAACAGCUUUUGUCACACUAGAAGGAAAUAAUUUGUCAUAUCAGAAACUAGGACUUGACACAAGAACUCCAGACCUGCAUUAUAUGGAGAAUGAUGAUAUUCCUUCUUCUGCCUUGGAACUAGAAUGGGACAUGGAGACAGAGCUGGAGGAACUUGGAACAGAGCAAUUUCCAUCAGAUGGCUUCAUUCACUGCCAUGAGAAAAACAGUGCAGCAAUCCAGUCACACACAAUUGCCUCUAAUCAAGUGUCCAUUUCACCCAAGGGUCGUUUCCAAAGAUUAGAGGAAGAACCAGAAUACUUUUCUCAUUACACAGAAUCUAAACCAAAGAUCUCCCAGCAGUUUUGCACAGUUGUUAAAACCUGUUCUUUAUUUAUGUUUACAUUUCUUAUGGGGAUUUUAAUAGGAUAUUUUUCAAAAAGGAAUCUGUCUUCCAAUAGCUGCAUCUUACCAAAUGAACUUGAUUCCUCAAAUGAAGUCCACAUUAUUCAUGAAAUAGUAAAUGACGUCACCAAAGAAAGUAUAGAAAGAUUUUACAGAUAUUUCACACAGAUUUCUGUCAAUAAAACAGACUCAGACCUGGCGAAAAAUAUUGCACUUCUAUGGACUUCAAUAGGCUUAAAAGAAGUUCAGUUAGUAAAUUAUUCAGUCUUACUUGACCUACCAGGCUCUUCUCCAAAUACAAUCACUCUGAACAAUGGCCAGUGCUAUUAUCCAAACGGACAGCAGUGUGAUGAAGAGACCAAAAGUCAGGAAUUACUGUACACAUACACUGCCUACUCUGCCAAUGGAACUCUGGAGGGUGAAAUUAUAGAUGUACAAUAUGGAACAGUCGAAGAUCUACGGAGAGUAACACAGAUAAAGCACAUCUCCAAAAAAUCUAUUGCUUUAUUAAAACUAGGAUUUUUGCCAUUAUUAUACAAGAUUUCGUUGUUGGAGGAAACUGGAUUUGGAGGAGUGCUUAUUUAUAUUGAUCCAUGUGAUGUUCCCGAGACAAAAAACCAUGACGAAACAUUUAAAGUGUCUUUAAACAGGGAAGGAUUUCCAUUUACAUCCAAGUCUUCUAAUUAUGAUGGAAACUCCUGGGAAAUUAAAUCCAACAUUACAUUGUUGUUGGUGCAGCCUGUAACUAUAUCACUUCUGAAAAGAUUAUUUACAUGGACAGAGAGCACAAUGGCAGAUCAGUGUCUACCUUUCAAAGUUCCAGAAACAGCUCAAAUAAGAAUCACACUAAACAUUAACUCUGUCCAGAAAUAUAAAGAAAUAUCAAAUUCUAUUGGAUUUCUCAGGGGAUCACUACUUCCUGACAGGUACAUCAUACUUGGCAGUACUCAUGCUGAUGUGUAUGGAAGGAAUACUUCGGAGUGGAUCAGUGGUGCAGCUUCAAUGACUUCCAUUAUCAGCUCUAUAAUGUUAAAGGUGAAAAAUGGAUGGCGACCCCCCAGAACAAUCAUUUUCUGCUCAUGGGCAGCAAAUCCAUUUGGAAGCUUUGGUUCUUAUAAAUGGGGAAAGGAACUCCAGAAAAUCCUUGCCAGCAAUGCAGUUGCAUACAUUGGUUUGCAAAGUCCAGUUGGUGGUAAUGCCAGCCUCUAUUCAGUCUCAUCCCCGUCUCUCCAGCAAUUGGCAAGUGAUUUAGCAAAAAAGAUGCAAAUAACCUGUGCUCAGAAAGAAGCUUGCUACAAGGCCAAUGUCAGUUCUAUACAAGUACAAGGAGAUGCUGAUUUUUUCAUCAACCAACUUGGAAUUCCAGCUGCACAAUUUGCUUUUGCUGAUAACAAAGCCAAGAUUCCACACAUUUUCUCAGAAGUUUUGUUCAACGAUGAGAAAACAUCAAUGAAUGAGAUGAAUGGUUUCUUCCAUCUUCAUGAAUAUGUUGCCAAGCUAACCUCAGAAAUGGUUCUGCGGAUAGCAAGUGAUCCAGUUUUGCCCUUUAAUGCACUGGAUAUAGCAUUAGAAAUUCAGAAGCGGAUUGAAGGGAAUGAUGUGUCCACUGAUUUAAUUGAAAUUGCAAAGCAUUUAAGAGAAACUGCACAGUUGUUCCAGUCCAAUGAAAUGAGACCAGCAAAUGACCCCAAAGAAAGAGACCCCAUCAGAGUCAGAAUGCUGAAUGAUAUUCUGCAAAAUAUGGAAAAGAACUUCCUGCUCAGUUCUUCGCCUCCUGGAUUUUUCAGAAACAUGUUGUACAGAUUGGAUGAAACAGCCACUCGGUUUUCAAUACUUCUAGAAGCACAAGAGCAUAGCAAGAUUACAAAGUCAAAUGAAACCCUUAUGACAGCUUUGCAAGAGGUGUCGAACUGUAUUAACUCUGCUCAGUUAUAUUUUAAAGAAGGCCUACACCUGUUUGAGUUUGAUGAGAAAGAAAGAGACUAA